UGAAAUGUUUUAGUACUAGAUUGUUUGUGAUUCUGAAUCACGGAAAAUGAGGCGAAGACCGAUGGAUUUCCGACGGCCUAUGAGAAGGAGAUUUUCGAAGGUGUUCUGGUUGACAUUAUGCGGCUUGGUCAUUCUGUUUUUCAUUGUGUUUUUGAGCCAGGACAAGCAGCCAUUAUCUAGAUCCGAAUUUGUUCAGAUAUCUUCCAAGCGCCACAGAAUCACAGAAGGUCUUAACAUUACUGAAGAAAUGAUGAGCCCUGACUCAGUCACAAGGCAGUUAGGUGAUCAGAUUUCUCUUGCAAAAGCUUUUAUUGUGAUUGCAAAAGAAAGCAAUAAUCUCCAAUUUGCAUGGGAGUUAAGUGCCCAAAUUCGCCAAUCUCAAUUACUUUUGUCGGAUGCUGCAACAAGGAGAACUCCAUUGGCAACAAGAGAUUCUGAAACUGCAAUCCGUGAUAUGGCACUUUUGCUCUACCAAGCACAACAACUCCAUUAUGACAGUGCAACCAUGAUUAUGAGGUUGAAAGCCAAGAUCCAGUCUCUCGAAGAGCAAGCAAACUCUGUGAACGAGAAGAGCUCAAAGUAUGGGCAAAUAGCUGCUGAGGAAGUCCCAAAAAGUUUAUACUGUUUGGGUGUCAGGUUGACGGUUGAAUGGUUCAAGAAUCCAAGUUUUCAAAGGAGACUUACAGAUGGAAGGCGAAGUGCCGAAAAACUCUCAGACAACAAUCUCUAUCAUUUCUGUGUCUUCUCAGACAACAUCCUUGCAACUUCAGUUGUUGUCAACUCAACAGCUAUGAGUUCCAAUCAUCCAGAUAAGGUCAUCUUUCACCUUGUAACCGAUGAAGUCAACUACGCUCCAAUGAAGGCCUGGUUCUCCAUGAACAGUUUCCGAGGAGUGACAGUAGAGGUUCAGAAAUUUGAGGACUUUAGCUGGCUCAAUGCUUCUUAUGUCCCUGUCCUAAAGCAGCUCCAAGACUCGGACACUAAGAAUUAUUACUUCUCUGGAAACACUGAUGAUGGCAGGACUCCAAUCAAAUACCGGAAUCCAAAAUAUUUAUCCAUGCUUAACCACCUCCGGUUCUACAUUCCAGAGGUUUUCCCCUCAUUGGAGAAAGUAGUAUUUCUGGAUGAUGAUGUUGUGGUUCAGAAAGAUUUGUCGGAGCUGUUCUCUAUCGAUCUGAAUGGGAAUGUGAAUGGAGCUGUUGAGACUUGCAUGGAGACAUUCCACAGAUACCACAAGUACUUGAACUAUUCUCACCCUCUAAUUCGUGCACAUUUCGAUCCAGAUGCCUGUGGGUGGGCAUUUGGGAUGAACAUAUUUGAAUUGGUUGAGUGGAGAAAAAGGAAUGUGACUGGUAUCUACCACUAUUGGCAGGAGCGGAAUGUGGACAGGACAUUGUGGAAGCUUGGGACUCUGCCACCCGGACUGCUUACUUUCUAUGGUUUAACUGAGCCCUUGGAUCCCAAUUGGCAUGUUUUGGGGUUAGGCUAUACGAAUGUUAAUCCAAACUUGAUAGAAAAGGGGGCAGUGCUGCAUUUCAAUGGGAACUCAAAGCCAUGGUUGAAGAUUGGGAUGGAAAAAUACAAGCCUUUGUGGGAGAAGUAUGUUGAUUACUCGCAUCCGAUGUUGCAGCAGUGUAAUUUCCAUUAAUUUUGGUAUGGAAGUUUGGU